CCCCCCGCGAGCACCGAACCAGGUCCCCCUUCGAUCGACUACCCUCCCCUGCUGCUCUCCCUCCUGCCCGUCCCAUCGGAUAUCCCCUUUCUUUGAUCUCCGGCCCGCUUUUCCCUUGGACUCCCUCCACUCGCAGGAUGCCCCCAGGCCGCGUCCCCCCGAAGGGUGCUCAGCCUGCCGCCGCCAGCGCUCUGUCGAUGGAGGACUACCUUCGACAGAAUUAUGGUGUCAGCAAAAAAGAUCUUGCCCCGCCAAAGAACCUCGGCCCGCCGACUGGCAGUCGGCCCCGCUCGACGAGAAGUCCCUCCGGACACGCCACCCCGCGCGGCGGUGCGGCUGAGGACGAUGACGACAAUCCGACACUGGUGGUCAUCGAUGAGACUGACGGUCGGGCACCACCGCCGGCGCCGGCGCCGGUUCGAGCUGAGCCCCAUCGCGAGCGGUCCCCCCCUUCCCCCGAGAUCUCCCGGGGUCCCUCGGACACCUCUCAGGAGACCGUCUUCCGCGAUAAGGUCACUGGCAAACGUAUCGACAUCCGAGCGGCCCGACUUGAGGCUGAGAAGGCCAAACAACGCCGGGCCGAGGAGUUGGAGAAGCGCUCCCGCUGGGGGAGAGGAAUUGCCCAAGAGCGUGAGCAGAUGGAGCGCGAGAAAUAUGCCGAGAGCUUCAAGGAGAAGCCCUUUGCCGUGUAUGCCGAUGACGAGGAGCUCAAUGUCCGACAGAAGAUGAAGAGCAGGUGGGGCGAUCCUCUCACGACGGGCGGCAUGCCGAGCGUCUCAACCAACCCGGAUCAGGCCGAUCCCCUGGCGGCCUUGUUCGGCGGCGAGAAGAAGCGCUCCAGCCCGGAUACCACCCCCUCCCAGCCUGUCGCCGAGCACCCGGCCCCGGUGCUGGAGCGUCCUCGGUAUGCCGGGCCACCGGCCCCACCAAAUCGGUAUGAUAUCCACCCUGGCUACCGUUGGGAUGGCGUCGAUCGCUCGAACGGCUUCGAAAAGCGGCUGAUUGCGGACCGGGCCACCGGUGCGGCUCGCAUGGCGCGUGCGCAUGCCUCACAUAUGGACGAACUUUGAGCAUCUGCCGGGUGUAUUAUCCGAGACAAAGAAAGACAAGUAAUUCGUUGCUCCUCUGUCGGGUUUUUUUUCCUGUACAUUUCCCGGGAUGCUGUAUUGCUGCUUUCGGCAAUGGGAUGAGGGGAGAAAAGGGGGAGAGAUAAAAAGAGGAGCUGCCGAGGUGAAACAACUGCGCCGACCAGCACCCAACAAGAGGGGGAGGGGGGGGGGGGGGG